AUGUUACGACCUAGCUCUACGGGGCCAUUGCCAGAGUCAUCCGCCUCUCAAGAUUCGGAGCCGCCGUAUCACAUCUUAUCCAAGAAGCAAAAAUGGAAUCUUGUCAUCCUCGUUUCCCUGGCGGGCUCCUUUUCACCUCUGUCUUCGAACAUCUACUUUCCAGCAAUUGGCUCCAUAUCCUCUGAUCUGGGAGUUGGUGCAUCCAUUGUUGCCCUGACCAUCACUGUCUAUAUGGUUGCCCAGGGUAUUGCUCCCUCGCUUUUCGGCGCAUUGUCGGAUACCAAGGGCCGCCGCCUCGCAUUCACGAUAAGCCUCGCCAUAUACACGGCUGCCAACCUAGCUCUUGCUUUCACCUCAAGCUACCCAAUGCUGAUGGCCCUGCGAGGCGUGCAGGCAGCAGGGUCUGCAGCGACUAUCAGCAUUAGUGCAGGUGUAAUAGCUGAUAUUGCCUGCCCACAAGAACGUGGUAGCUUUAUGGGGACGAACGCUGGUGUGCGCAUGACAGGCCAGGCGAUCGGACCAAUCAUUGGAGGCGUUCUAAAUAGUGCAUGGGGUUACAGAAGCAUAUUCUGGCUCCUGUUUACCUUGAGCAUAAUCGUCCUUGGUGCCCUCCUGAUCUUCCUGCCGGAGACACAGCGCAGCAUAGCGGGCAACGGUAGCGCCCCACUCUCAGGGUUUUACAAACCCUUUAUCUAUACACUCAAAGUCCCAAUGGUUGGGACCGAAAGCCAUGAAACGAGUCAUUCAAUGAACCAUCGUACACCAAUAUCCUUAAAAAAAGCAUGCAGUCCCUUAACCUACAUCUUUGAAAAGGACAUCGCAGCUCUCCUAGCCUGGGGCGCAGUGGCAUACACAGCAUGGAGCAUGGUGACCUCCUCCACCACAACGAUGCUGCUGCACGGCUUCCCCUUCCUAACCCAGUGGCAAAUUGGCCUAUGUUUCCUCCCAAAUGGCCUUGGCUGCAUCUGUGGCUCGCUCAGCACAGGCUGGCUCCUGGACAAAAGCUUCAGGAUUGUCGAGGCCCAAUACAAGGCAGAACGAGACAUUUCACCCGAAGACAAUAUUGACUCACGCGAUUUUCCCUAUGUGAAAGCUCGUUUACGCAUAAUGCCCUUCUUUAGCAUUGUUCUUGUGAUUUCCCUAGCGCUGUACGGGCCAAGCUUCGAGUUCAACGACUUGCGGCAUUAUUUCGGUCCCAAUCUAGCCGCCCCGCUCAUCCUACAGUUCCUGAUUUCAUUCACGGCGACUGCCAUCUUCAAUAUCAACUCGACAGUGCUGAUCGACUGCUUCCCCGACCGACCUGCCAGCGCGACGGCGCUCAACAACCUGUGCCGCUGUAUACUAGGCGCGGCUGGCGUCAGUGUCAUCCAGCCAUUGAUUGGUGCCGUAAAGGAGAUGGUAGCUUUCUUUAUAGUGACGAGUGUAGUGUUCCUGUUCACGCCACUCAUAUGGGUUGAAUGGAAGUUCGGGGAGAGGUGGAGGCGAGAGCGAGAGAAGAGGCUUACCCGGUGGAUUUGGCAAAGUUGA